AUGGCAGCCCACGAAGUCUCCUCUUCAUCAUGCUCCUCAAAACUCUGGAAGUAUGACGUGUUCUUGAGCUUUAGAGGCGAAGACACACGUAAGGGCUUCACGGGCCAUCUCCAUCAAGCAUUGGAAGGAAAGGGCUACAAGACCUUUAUUGAUGAGGACGAUCUAAAAAGAGGGGAAGAAAUAAAGCCCGAACUGUUGCGAGCCAUCGAAGAGUCAAGGAUCUCUAUCAUUGUCUUCUCAAAGAGGUACGCAGAUUCGAGUUGGUGCCUCGACGAGCUAGUGAAGAUCAUGGAGUGCAGAUCCAAACUGGGGCAACAUGUUUUGCCAAUAUUCUAUCAUGUUGAAACUUCAGACAUUAGGAAGCAGGAAGGUAGCUUAGCCCCAAUGUUUCAGAAGCACGAAGAGGACAUCCGUAAAGAAGAUGACAAAAAUGGGGAAGCUAAGAGAAAAAGGGUAAAGCAAUGGAGAGAGGCUCUUGCUAAAGCUGCAAACUUGUCUGGUCAUGAUCUUAAAAACACUGAGGACGGGCAUGAAGCAAAGCUUAUUCAGAAAAUUAUUUAUGAGAAUAUUUGGAAAUGGCUCCCCAGCACAAACAAAUUACGUGUGGCCAAGCACCCAAUUGGAAUCAAUUCUCGUGUUGAAGAUAUUAUCACUUAUCUCUCACGUGGUGAAUCGAAAGAUGUUAUCAUGGUUGGAAUUUGGGGGAUGGGUGGAUUAGGUAAAACAACAGCUGCCAAAGCCAUUUAUAACCAAAUUCAUCCUAAGUUUGAAUCCAAGAGUUUCCUUGCCGACGUUAGCGACACUACAAGUAAAUAUGGCCUGGUUCAUUUGCAAAAACAACUUAUUUCGGACAUCUUGGAUCAAGAGUUUAAAAUAAGCACUGUUGAUAAAGGUAUAUGUCUGAUAAAAGAGAAAUUUUCACGUAGAAAGGUACUUGUCAUCAUGGACAACAUAGAUAAAGAGGAACAACUUGAUGCAAUAGUUGGAAAUCAUGAUUGUUUUGGCACAGGAAGUAGAAUUAUCAUAACGACACGAAAUAAACGUCUACUAAUAAAUGUGGACAAAGUAUAUCCGGCUCAGAAAUUAAAUGAAGGAGAAGCUCUUGAGCUCUUUAGUUGGCAUGCAUUUGGAAAUAGUUGGCCUAAUGAAGGAUAUCUUCAACUCUCAGAAAAAGUUGUUUCUUACUGUGGUGGUUUGCCACUAGCCCUUGAAGUUUUAGGUUCUUCUUUGUUUAAAAGAACCAUAGCAUGGUGGGAAUGUCAAUUGAAGAAAUUGGAAAGAAUUCCUGAUGGAAAAAUAAUAAAACCACUAAGAAUGAGCUUUGACGGGCUAGAUGAUACGGAGAAGGCUACAUUCCUUAACAUAGCUUGUUUCUUUAUUGGAGAGGACAAAUACAUUGUAGCAAAAUUAUUAGAUGUAUGUGGAUUUUUUGCAACAAUAGGAAUUAGUAUCCUCCGUGAACGAUGUCUUGUAACUGUUGAAGGCGAGAAUUUGAGUAUGCAUGAUUUGCUUCAAGAAAUGGCUAGAAUAAUCAUUUCUGAGAAAUCUCCUGAUCACCCAGGAAAAUGGAGCAUGUUAUGGAAUCAUGAAGAUGUCAUCGAUGUAUUAACAAAUAAAUUUGUAAGUACAUUCCCAAUAAAAUUUUGGAUUAUUGCAUUGUACAAGAAAAGCAUAUGUCUAUUAUACUCUAAACAACAUUCAUGUGUAAAUAUAUGCGGUUGCGCAAGGAAAACUCAAUUAGCCAACAACAGUACUUGCAUAUAUUCACCGUACGUGAUUUUGCCUAAUAAAUAAUAAUACAUGUAAACAUAUGCAAUCCCUUUUUUACGCAAUAUAACCUUUUGUUAACAGGGAACUGAAGAAGUUGAAGGACUUGCUCUACAUUUUCCUUAUGGUUAUUUCAAUUCUAGUUUCAGUACAGAAGCAUUUAGCAAUAUGAAAAAACUGAGAUUGCUCCGGCUAUACAACGUAGGGCUUAAUGGAGAAUACAAACAUCUUCCCAAAGAAUUAAUAUGGUUGUGUUGGUAUGGAUGCCGUUUAAAGUCCAUACCAGAUGACUUUUUUAAUCAACCAA